CCGGUGCGGGGCGGGGAGGUGGGGUGCGGGUGAACCUGCUGCCUCGGUUACUGUGGAGCAACACAGACGCUUCGGGUUACAGGCUCACCCUCCCGACCCGGAGCGGGCGGCCAUGGAGCACUCCCUGCACCGCGUCUCCCUCGGGAGCCGGCGUGCCCACCCGGGCUUGUCCUUCUACCUCACCACCUUUGGUCAGCUGAAGCUGUCGAUUGAUGCCCAGGACCGGGUUCUGCUGCUGCACAUCAUUGAAGGCAAAGGCCUGAUGAGCAAAGAGCCUGGCAUCUGUGACCCCUAUGUGAAGAUUUCUUUGAGCCCUGAAGAUAAUCGACUACGCCGCCAGAAGACGCAGACCAUUCCAGACUGCAGAGACCCAGUCUUCCAUGAGCACUUCUUCUUUCCUGUCCAAGAGGAAGAUGAACACAAGCGCCUCCUGGUCUCUGUGUGGAACAGGGCAGGUGAUUCCAGACAGACUGGACUCAUCGGCUGCAUGAGCUUCGGGGUGAAGUCCCUCCUGACUCCGGACAAGGAGAUCAGCGGCUGGUACUAUCUUCUGGGGCAGGACCUGGGUCGGACCAAGCACCUGAAGGUGGCCAGGCGGCGACUGCGGCCCCUGAGAGACCCACUGCUGAGAAUUCCAGGAGGUGAGGACACUGAGAACGGGGAGAAACUCAAGAUCACCAUCCCGAGGGGCAAGGACGGCUUUGGCUUCACCAUCUGCUGUGACUCUCCAGUCCGAGUGCAGGCCGUGGAUUCUGGGGGCCCGGCAGAGCGGGCAGGGCUGCAGCAGCUGGACACGGUGCUACAGCUGAACGAGAGGCCUGUGGAGCAUUGGAAAUGCGUAGAGCUGGCCCACGAGAUCCGGAGCUGCCCCAGUGAGAUCAUCUUGCUUGUGUGGCGCAUGGUCCCUCAGAUCAAGCCCGGGCCAGACGGUGGGGUCCUGCGGCGGGCCUCCUGCAAGUCGACCCAUGACCUCCAGUCGCCCCCCAAUAAGCGGGAGAAGAACUGCACCCAUGGGGCCCAGGCACGUCCUGAGCAGCGCCACAGCUGCCACCUGGUAUGUGACAACUCUGAUGGACUGCUGCUCGGCGGCUGGGAGCGCUACACCGAGGUGGCCAAGCGCGGGGGCCAGCACACCCUGCCUGCACUGUCCCGUGCCACUGCCCCCACCGACCCCAACUACAUCAUUCUGGCCCCACUGAACCCGGGGAGCCAGCUGCUGCGGCCCGUGUACCAGGAGGAUCCCAUCCCUGAAGAAUCAGGGAAUCCCAGUAAAGGGAAGUCCUACACAGGCCUGGGGAAGAAGUCCCGGCUGAUGAAGACGGUGCAGACCAUGAAGGGUCACGGGAACUACCAGAACUGCCCGGCCAUGAGGCCACACACCCCACACUCGAGCUAUGGCACCUACGUCACCCUGGCCCCCAAGGUCCUGGUGUUCCCCGUCUUUGUUCAGCCUUUAGAUCUCUGUAACCCUGCCCGGACCCUCCUGUUGUCAGAGGAGCUGCUGUUGUACGAGGGGCGGAACAAGGCUGCCGAGGUGACGCUGUUUGCCUAUUCGGACCUGCUGCUCUUCACCAAGGAGGACGAGCCUGGCCGCUGCAACGUCCUGAGGAAUCCCCUCUACCUCCAGAGUGUGAAGCUGCAGGAAGGUUCAUCAGAAGACCUGAAAUUCUGCGUGCUGUAUCUAGCGGAGAAGGCAGAGUGCUUAUUCACUUUGGAGGCGCACUCACAGGAGCAGAAGAAGAGAGUGUGCUGGUGUCUGUCAGAGAACAUCGCAAAGCAGCAACAGCUGGCGGCCUCCCCUCCACAGAGCAAGAUGUUUGAGUCAGAGGCGGAUGAGAAGAAGGAGAUGCCCUUGGAGGAAGGGAAGGGGCCAGGCGCCGAGGACCCCCCACACAGCAAGGACCCCUCUCCUGGCCAGGAGCCCCCUCCAGGACAAGACCUUUCACCCAACAAGGACUCCUUUUCUGCCCAGGAGCCUUCUCCUGGUCAAGAAUCCCUGUCCAGCAAAGACUCACCUUCCUGCAAGGAAACCCUUCCAGACCAGGAACCCUCCCCAAGCAAGGAUUCCCCACCAUGCCUGGAGCUCUCUGUACCCUCAGCUCUCCCUCCCUGCCAGGACCUUCCUGCCAGGCAAGAAGCCCCUCCCAGCCAAGACCUCCCUGCCAUCCAGGAACCCCCUGCCCAGGACCUUCCACCAUGCCAAGACCUGCCUCCCAACGAGGCCCCCCUGCCAGCCGAGGCCCUUUCUGAGGAGACCACAAUCUCUGGGGACACACCAGUACCCCCUGGGGCCGCGCCCGUGGCCUCCAGGCCGGCCUUUGUGAUCCCUGAGGUCCGGCUAGAUCGGACCUUCAGCCAGAAGGCAGGGGCGGAGGGGGGCAGUUCCUGCGAUGAGGAGGACACGGAAGAGGCCGAGGACAGGGACGAGGGCGAUGCAGGGGAGGAAGACGAGGACGAGGACACGAGUGAUGACAACUACGGCGAGCGCAGCGAGGUCAAGCGCAGCAGCAUGAUUGAGACAGGCCAGGGGGCUGAGGGCGGCCUCUCGCUGCGUGUACAGAACUCGCUGCGGCGCCGGACGCACAGCGAGGGCAGCCUGCUGCAGGAGGUCCGCGGGCCCUGCUUCGCCUCCGACACCACCUUGCACUGCUCCGACGGAGAGGGCACUGCGUCCUCCUGGGCCAUGCCUUCGCCCCGCACCCUCAAGAAGGAACUGGGCCGCAAUGGCGGCUCCAUGCACCACCUUUCCCUCUUUUUCACAGGACACAGGAAGAUGAGCGGGGUCGACACUGUUGGGGAUGAUGAUGAAGGCUCCCGGAAGAGAAAGAGCAAAAAUCUAGCCAAGGACAUGAAGAACAAGCUGGGCAUCUUCAGGCGGCGGAACGAGUCCCCCGGGGCUCAGCCAGCAAGCAAGGCAGACAAAGUGACAAAGUCAUUCAAGCCCACCUCAGAGGAAGCCCUCAAGUGGGGAGAGUCCUUGGAGAAGCUGCUGCUUCACAAAUAUGGGUUAGCAGUGUUCCAGGCCUUCCUUCGCACUGAAUUUAGUGAGGAGAACCUGGAAUUUUGGCUGGCAUGCGAGGACUUCAAGAAGGUCAAGUCCCAGUCCAAGAUGGCAGCCAAGGCCAAGAAGAUCUUCGCCGAGUACAUCGCCAUCCAGGCGUGCAAGGAGGUAAACCUGGACUCAUACACACGGGAGCACACCAAGGACAACCUGCAGAGCGUCACGCGGGGCUGCUUUGAUCUGGCACAAAAGCGCAUCUUUGGGCUCAUGGAAAAGGACUCGUACCCACGCUUCCUCCGCUCUGACCUCUACCUAGACCUCAUUAACCAGAAGAAAAUGAGUCCCCCACUUUAGGGGCCUCAGGGUAGAGCUCAGCAUUCACACCAGGCGGGCUGGGCCCCCUCCCAUGUCUCCCUCUCCCCUGCGACAGAGUGGGCAACCAAGCCCCCGGAGGCCGUAUCUCCGGGCAGACAGAUGGACAUUUGGAUGAGAGGCCUGGACCAAGAGAGGCCCAGGCCACUGGAGAGAAGGACUGGCCUCGUUGGGUCUCCACUGCCCUGGUACGAGGGGGCCCACGGGCUCCGGCAGGUCAGGGGCCCUGGCUGAGCCGAUCAGAGCUGCUGCUCCCUGCUGUGGAGACCGUGCAUUGACCAAGUUCCUUAAAGAACUGGCUGAUGGGGCAGGGGCAAGGCCCAGGCUCCAGGGCUCUCCAGGGGCGCCGCUGGGGCUCAGGGCUCAGAUCCCUGCCUUGAGUUUUAUUUAUUUAAACAGUAGUAGGAUGCUUGGCACGUCAUCCUGUAAUAGGAAACCUUUGCCUCAUCAGUUUUCCUAAUUUACAAGUGCAAUAUUUUAACCAACGCCUUGUGAAAAGCCACCUUGCAGAGGAGGUGGCCAUCAUUUUCCAGUUUCAGGGGUUUUGCUGGUUCCAGGCACCAGUGAUGGGUAGCUGGGCCUUGUGGACUGAUUAGGCCGAGAGGGGUAGGUGCUGCAGCCUGGCCUCCCACAGAAACCCAGCACCCCUGAGUGAGGUGUCCCUCAGGGGCUCCGGGAAAGCAUGAGACCCUCAGACCACACAGCAGCCAAGUUCUGGAGCAAAUAAAAGGCCUGUGUUAUUUCUUGUUCUUGA